AUGGUGGGGGAGAAGCAUUUCCAGAACGCUGGGGUGUUUCAUAUCUGCUCCUUUCACUUGCAGGUGCAUAUAUCAGACGGUGAGUGGUGGCAGAGGGUAAGUAGUCUCCAGCCAGUCAGAUACCAGAAGACAGACCCUCCAGGGUCUGCGAUCUACAUGUUCCAACUAGGCUGGGCGGCUGGUGAGGGAGCCAACCACCAUUCACGAAUCACCGCACAGACCGACCGCAAGGUGACCCCAUCUACCCCUGGUAGCAAGAUCUCUCAUGUCGCACCAUUAACCUUGGGAUCCCAGGGAUGCCAUGUGCUCAGACAUCCCGACCAGCGGACCAACGGGAUUGGCUGCAUGAAGUCACCCCCUAGGCGCCUAUGGUUUCUUGUCAGCGGGUCGAGCGCCAAUCAAUCCACGAGAAAUGCCAAUAUGCCACGACGGAAUCGAAAUUGGGGUUUACAAUUCCUAUGA